AUGAGUGAUGAGAAGUUGCAACGUCUAAAAGAAACAGUGCUACAAGGCUGGCCUGAGACAAAACAAGAAGCAGAUCCGAGAGUUGCUGAAUAUUGGACUUACCGUGAUGAAAUAAGCGUCUAUAAUGGAGUGCUGUACAAGGGAGAGAGAGUUAUUGUCCCGUCUUCCCUACGGAAAAAACUCAUGUCUCGCGUCCAUGCAAGUCAUCAAGGGGAGCAAGCAUGUCUCCGAAGAGCGAGGGAUGCUUUGUUUUGGCCUGGGAUGAGCCAACAGAUCAGAGAUCUCGUAAGCAGCUGUAGCCUCUGCACAGAUCACGCGCCAGCUCAAGUCAAGGAACCAUUGAUGACACCAGAGCUUCCCAAACGCCCCUGGAGUAUCGUUGCGCAAGACCUCUACACUCUCAACGGAAAAAAAAUUCCUAAUAACAGUGGAUUCUGGGAAGUUGAUGAACUAACCCAAGCUACAGCUGCCAACGUCAUAAACAAGACUAAACAGCACUUCGCGCGUUACGGAAUACCAGACAGGGUUUACAGCGAUAAUGGUCCACAGUUUGCUAAUGCAGAGUACACCGCGUUUGCCUCCAGUUGGAAGUUCGAACACCAGACAUCGUCACCGUACCACAGCCAGUCCAACGGGCUGAUAGAAGCAGCUGUGAAAUCCGCAAAAAACCUGCAGAAGAAGGCGAAUAAAUCGGGGCGAGACGUAUGGAUGAGUUUUCUGGACCAUAGGAAUACGCCAACCGAAGGUAUGGACAGCAGCCCAGUCCAAAGAUUGAUGUCAAAGAGAACGAAGACAACUCUACCGCUAGCACAACAUCUACUCGAACCGGAGCUUCAACAAGAUGUAACAGAAAAGCUAACGCUGAAACGCAAAAAGGCGAAGAAACAUUUAGACAGGGGCUCAAAGGAACUACCGGAGCUAAACAUCGGAGAACCUGUCAGAAUGACCAAAGUGGCCCCCAGAUCAUACCUAGUCGACAUUGAUGGCUCUAUAUAUCGUAGGAACAGGAAGUUUAUACGCAAUACUAAGGAUCAUGCAGAGGAGUUAGUAAGGGAGAGCCUGCCGAUGUAG